CGCGCAUCCGCGGCACGUUCCAUGCCUCGUUCCAUUCCGGCCAUGGCUUCUCUCCGGCGAGUGGCCUUCCUGGCGCUCCUCCCCGGCGCUUGGCUCUUCUGCGGGCCCUCGGCGCAGUCGCGGACGAGUCGAAUGGCGCGGCGGGUGGCGCCGUGGCUCAAGGCGCCUCAGAGCCUUGAAGAGGCCCGGGGGCUGAGGCGCAAGCCAGCGCCGGAGCUAGACGAGAAGGGCAAGAAGGUGAAGGCGCCACAGCCUCUGGAGUGGUCUCCCCUGCACCAGCCCCUCAACGAGCGUCUCAAGAACAUCGUGCCCUACCCGGAUGUGGUGCGCCAGGUGGAGGAGAACUUCCACGGGAAGGGGGGGCUGCAGCGGUCCUACCACGCGGCCAAGUUCGCCAAGCCGGUGGAGCCCACGGAGCUGGACAAGAAGGCCAACCAGCUGGCCUCCUCCCGCACGGCAAUGUUCGCCAAAGCGCCGCUGCUAUACAACGGCCUCUGGCCCAAGCAGGACCCCACCAUCCCAGAGGUGGCCGUCAUCGGCAGGUCCAAUGUGGGCAAGAGCUCUCUGCUGAAUCGGAUCUCACAGUUUGGGACUGUAGCCAAGGUGUCUUGCAUGCCGGGCCAAACCAAGCAGGCCGCCUGGUACCGGAACCGCAAGGUGCGCCUGGACUUCAUCGACAUGCCGGGGUACGGGCACUCCGCCCGCGCCAAGGUCUUUGGGCCGGAGGCCCUGGACUUUGUGCGGAACCGAACAUCGCUACAGGCGCUUUAUGUGCUGGUGGACGCGCGGCACGGCUUCAAGUGGUCGGACCACGAGUGGCUCUCGGAGCUCGGCUCCGCGGGGCCCAUGAAGCAGGUGAUUCUGACCAAGUGCGACAUGGUGCCCAUGAAGAAGCUGAUCAAGAUCGCGUCCCUGGCGCGCUCGGACCUCGAGGGCUACAAGCGCGUGGAUCGGAAGAUCCUGCUGUGCUCCUCCGCCUGGCAGACGGGAUUCCACGAGCUGCGGAAGGACAUUGUCCAACGCUGCAACCUCCUGUCCCGGGACAAGAAGGCGAAGGAGGUGGGUGCCCGCAUGGAUCUGCCAAUGAGGGCCACCCGGGGCCAGGACUUGCCCAUGGUCUGCACCUCCCUUGGCUGCAGCCUGGCCAGCUGCCUAGUGCUGAUCCCGGCCUUGCGGCGAUGCUUCUCGCAGGAGGUGCAGCCGCUCUUGCCGACGGCGGCGAUUAUGUCGCUCUUCUGCUCUGGGUGCUCCCUGGAGGAGACCAGCUUUCUUUGCCUGGAGUCGAUGUUGGGUACAGCCAUCGCCGUGUUGAACGCGGCAAUAAUUCGACUAUCUCCCGAAGUUCAUCAGGAUCUGCUGGGUGACUCUGGCGCGGUGAUGGCCUCCGUGGGCUUCGUGGCCAUCGCAUGUCUGCUGCCACUCUCCGAGAGCGCCAAGAUGUACACCGUUGGCCUCACCGCGUACUUCACCAUGGACUUGCUGAAGACUUCGAACAUCCCGAUUUUGGCACUGUGCAUGGAAUACAUGGCCGUUAGCUUGGCCGGGUCCCUUUGUGCCCUUUUUGCAUUUUCCAUUCCGCUGCCCGGCUUACCGGACGCGCGGGCCUACAAGAGCGCAGCGGCCGCUUUCCACGAGAUUGCCGAGGGCUGUGCAGAGGUGAUCACCGAGGCCACGGAGGCCUUCCUCGGCACCGGGGCCGGGGACGCCUGGCGCGCCUUGGCGCAGCAGCGCCUCCUCGGCCUCGCGGAGAGGCUCGCGGAAGCCAAAAGCACUGCAGAGUACCAGGCCUUCUCGCCCCUUGCAGCGCUGCGUCAACUGCUGCCCUUCGGCUCCAUGGACGCCGCCAGGCAGCUGGUUCAGCAGGAGGCGGCCUUUGAAGCUGCAGGAGAGGCGAUGGAUGUGUGCAGCUUGCUGUGCGAGUUCGCCGCCAGGCCCCACGGCGUGGACGCAGGAGCAGAGGCUGCUCUGGUCACCUGCGCGGCGGAGGCCACGAUUCUGCGGGUGGCGCAGACUGCCGCGGCGCUGCUGAAAGACCUGGGCCGCAGCGACUUCCUGGCGGCCCUGAAGCACAGCAAGGACGCAGCCCAACGAAAACAUCUCCGAGAAGCUGCGCAGGUGGCCUUGCAAGACAGCAGCAUCAAUGCCGCGCAGGAGCUUAUGCACUUGCAGAGCUUUCAGACCCAGGACGUGCUGAUUGGCAAUAACUCGUUUGCAAAUGCACGCUCCGAAAUGGCCUCGGUGCUUUUCUUGAUCCACGACCUCGCCUCGUGCCUUCUCCAAAGCGAGGCAACUUCCAUUCGAAAAGCGCUGCGGCUAGAGAGGAGGGAGCUGGAAGAGGACCGUGAUAUCGAGGAUAGCACAUGGAGCAUCCACGGGCGCGCCUUGUACACGCCGCUGCUUGGCCGCCGCAGGUCACAGCAGGAGAUGAGGAAGCAGCACAACAUGACGGCGGAGCAGUUCUUCCAGAAAAUUGUGGAGCCCGUCAAGGUGGCGGCUGCGCUGCGGUGGCGAUGUGCCUUCAAGGUGACCUUGACUUACAGUUUGGCCUUCAUGAUCGAUGAGACCUCCCACUUCGACAGAGUGUGCUGGUGUGCACCGUGA